AAGAUCUCACACGGGGAGAAGCCAUAUUCCUGUCCUGAGUGUGGGAAAUGUUUUUCAGAGAAGUCCCAUCUUUACAGACAUCAGAGAUCUCACACGGGUGAGAAGCCAUAUUCCUGUCCUGAGUGCGGGAAAUGUUUUUCACAGAAGUCUCAUCUUUACAAACAUCAUAGUUUGCACACGGGCGAGAAGCCGUAUUCCUGUCCUGAGUGCGGGAUAUGUUUUUCAGCGAAGUCCAGUUUUUCUAGACAUCAGAGAUCUCACAAGGGUGAGAAGCCGCAUUCCUGUCCUGAGUGCGGGAAAUGUUUUGUAGAAAAAUCAAAACUUGUCAAACAUCAGAGAUUUCACACUGGGGAGAAGCUACUUUCCUGUCCUGAGUGA